AAGUUGUAAUAAGACCUCCGCUAUACGUCCUACGUUAUGCGCAGAGGACAGUUUAUGUCGUCACAAACUCGGGAACAGAGACUUAUACGAGGAAAACGUCUUUUGAACAAGCUUAAGCACCCUGAAGUUCCUAACAUGUUGUGGUUUUUUUCUGACGAAAAAAUUUCGACCAAGACCAAAAAAUCAAUCGGAGAAAUGACAGGAGUUGUGAGCAACGAAGGACAUGUUAUGCCACCCCACUUCUUUCGUCAGGGGCUUCGGGUGAAUGCUGCCGUCUACAUCGAGGUUUUAGAAACAGUUGGGAAAUCCUGGAUUGAUAGUGUACGUGAGGACAGACCAUACAUAUUCCAGCAAGACUCUGCUCCUUCACACAAAGCCAUGACGACACAAGAUUGGAUGACCGAAAAUUUCUAUGACCACAUUAUCCCAAAAUUAUGGUCACCUAGCUCCCCAGACCUUAAUCCUCUGGAUUAUUACGUAUGGGGCGUAGUUGAGCGAGAGACCAAUAAACAUCCUCAUAAUAAUAUUUUAUCACUGAAGGAUGCUAUAACAACAACAAUGAUCAAAAUGAACAAAGAGCAUUUGAUUCGGGCAUGCAAUCGUUUCCGACCCCGGAUUGAGUCCAUUAUUGCCGCUAAUGGGGAUUUUAUUGAGUAAUUGUAUAGUCUAGGAGUCAAUUAACGUCGUGUAAAAAUUU